ACACAGAGGUGACACCAUGGUGCUCUCCGCCUGUGACAAGACCCAUGUGAAGACCGUCUUUGGCAAAAUAGGCCCCCACCUCGGUGACAUAGGCAGGGAGGCCCUGGUGAGGUUGUUCACCACCUACCCCCAGACCAAGACCUACUUCGCCCACUUCGACCUGCACGCCGACUCAGCUCAGAUCAAGGAGCAUGGCAAAAAGGUGGCGGGUGCACUGGCCGACGCUGCCAACCACAUCGAUGACAUCGCGGGUGCCCUCUCCAAGCUGAGCGACCUCCACGCCCAAAAGCUCCGUGUUGACCCCGUCAACUUCAAACUGCUGGGCCAAUGCUUCCUGGUGGUGGUGGCCAUCCACCACCCUGCUGUCCUGACCCCGGAGGUCCACGCUUCCCUGGACAAGUUCCUGUGCGCUGUGGCCACUGUGCUGACUGCCAAGUACCGUUAAGACGGCACCAUGGCUAGAGCUGGACCCAACCCACCGCCAGCCCUCUGACAGCGAGCAGCCAAAUGACCUGAAAUAAAAUUUGUUGCAUUUGUGCUCCA